UAUUCUCCAUUGUAUGGGCGGUGAUAAUACACCAUAGUUGAUUCUAUCUAUUCUACCAUUAACAAAUAUGCGAACACUGACAAGGUCGGUUCCCGUAAACAAAAGAGGUGUCAAGAACAAGAAAGAGACAACUUUGACAAGUCCCAACAAUGAAUUACCUUUCUGCACAUCAAGCGCAAAGACAAAGAAUAACAAUGCGUGAACAUUAUUUGAACAAUAAUUUUGUUUAUAUAAUCUAGCGAUAGAAAUACGUUUUGCCUUAUUGUGACUGCUUCGGAUUACCCACCAGCACUAAUUUGCAAUUCAACGAGCAGGACCAAUAAUAAUUUCCCCUAGCAUUCCAAUUCAAACUUUUCAAGUAUGAAUUACAGGGAUUGGUCGAUGUUUACAAGAAAUUGGUCUUUCGAAACUGCAGGCUGUAGCAGAGAAGGAAUCGAGUCUAUCGACCCCCUCUCAACUACGCCAGAGGUUCUAGAAGGUGUUUUUGGCGAGGUACAAAGCACCAAAUCUACUAAUGUCCAGCAAUCACUUGCAAGAUCACAUGUAGCGCUAGUGCCGGUCGUGAAGAAGGAGCAGAGCCAAAAGGACUCAGCAACGAUCUCCUGCCACCCCGCGAUCAAGUACGUCAAUCACAGCUUGAUCGUCGUACUGAAUUUCGCACCUAAUAUCGGCCAGAAAUCCACCGAUAUUGCCUCUCUCGUGGCAAUACUCCCACAGUAUGCCGCUAUCACAACCUUCAUCCACUUAUCAAUCCGCGAUGUGCCUCUAGUCAGAGACACCUUCGAGAACUACUGCAAGCGUAUGGAAAGUAUCAACAGCGUAGUCUCUGUGCUAGAAAAAUUUGAUAAGAUUGAGCACUUCCAAACCCAGGUGAUCGGUGGGAAUAGCGUGGUUCCACUUAAAUCAAGUUGUGUUGGAGAUGGUGACAAUGGAGAACCAACCAAAUAUACUGAAAGGAGAAGUGCAAUCGGAGCGAGACUUCGACAACUUUGGCGAAGCGAAUUUUGUAAAGCCUUAGAUCAGGAAGAACGUGAUCGCACAAAUAAGUUUUGGAGUGCCCUUGAAUGAAGCUUCUCGCGUUGCUGUGCACGUCGGAGGGUUGACUCCUUCUCUUAUAUAAUCCUUUUUGACUAGAACUAUAUGACGAUUUUAACCCCAAUGUCAUCGUGAUACAUCGUACUACAAUUGUGAAUUUUGUGAAAAAUUACUCUAUGUCUUCUAAAAAGGUUCAAUGUCCACAAGAUGUCUUUGGAAUAAUUCCAUUCUGCGAGUCGGUAUCGUGAAGGCAUCCCCUCAUCAUUUAGUAGUCAAAAUCGACACAAAAGAUCGAUGAACCUGCGAAUUGCUU